ACACCCUUUUCUUUUGGCCAUCUUUUCAUGUUCAUAACAAAGUUGAUAUCAGAGCUUCAAGUUUUGCUCUAAUGGAUAUUCGAUUCCUCCCAAUCUUUAUUUCUUUUUUCCUAUUUUCUUCUCUGAAACUUGUGCCUGCAAUCACAAUAACUUCUUGCAGCAAAACCCCAUAUCCCAAAACAUGCGACUACUACAUGGAGAAUAAUUUCUUAGCCACCCUCAAGCUCGACCAAACCAAAUUAUCCUUUCACAACUUGAUCCUCAAGGUCACCUUGGACCAAUCCGUUAAAGCUCACGAGCACAUUUCAUCAAUGAACUUAAGCUCUUUCAACAAGCUAGCCAAAUUGGCUUGGAAGGAUUGUUUGGAGCUCUAUGAAGAUACAGUCGACAAUCUAAACCGUUCGAUGAGCUCUUCAAAUCCUGUUGAUUCCGUAACAUGGCUAAGCGCCGCCAUUGCAAAUCAACAGACGUGCGAAAACGGGUUUACUGAUUUUAACUUGGGGCAUUAUCUUGAAUCAUUACCAUUGAUGUUGACUAACUUCUCCCAAUUGGUUAGCAAUUCCUUGGCAGUGACUCAAUCCACUGUCCAAUCGGACACAACUGUGAAAGUUGGCGGUCGACGCUUGCUUGUGGAUGAAUUUCCGUCAUGGCUUUCCGCGGCUGACAGGAAACUGUUGCAAUCAGCCCCACCGAAAGGUGACAUUGUGGUGGCGCAAGAUGGAACCGGUGAAUAUAAGACCAUUUCUGAGGCUGUGGCAGCUGCAGCUAAGAGAGGUGGCGGGAGACGAAUGGUGAUCUAUGUUAAAAAAGGAAUUUACAGAGAAAAUGUGGAGAUUAAAAGAACAGUGAAAAAUAUAAUGUUAUUGGGAGAUGGAAUUGAUGCUACAAUUGUUACUGCUAGUAAGAAUGCCAAUGGGGGCACCACAACUUUUCGCUCGGCCACUUUUGCUGUUACUGGAGAAGGCUUCAUAGCUAAAGGCGUGACUUUUGAGAAUACAGCAGGACCUCAGAACCAUCAAGCUGUGGCUCUCCGGUCAGGCUCCGACUUCUCUGUCUUUUAUGGUUGCAGCUUCAAAGGCUACCAGGACACUUUAUAUGUCUAUGCUAAACGACAAUUCUAUCGCAACUGCGACGUUUAUGGAACCCAAGACUUCAUAUUCGGCGACGCUGUGGUGGUGCUUCAAAACUGCAAUAUUUACAUCAGAAAAAGCAACCAGAAGAACACUGUCACAGCGCAGGGAAGAAAAGAUCCAAACGAAAACACGGGUAUAAUUAUUCACAACUCUCGUAUCACAGGUGAAGGCUCCGGUGAAAACUACCUGGGUCGACCGUGGAAACAGUAUUCUCGAACAGUGAUCAUGAAAUCUACGAUCGACAGUUUGAUUAAUCCCGCCGGUUGGUUGCCGUGGAGCGGCAGUUUUGCUUUGAACACUCUUUAUUAUGGAGAGUAUAUGAACACUGGAGGUGGGGCAAGUACUAGUGGGAGAGUGAAGUGGCCAGGCUAUCAUGUGAUAACUAGCCCAACGGAGGCCGGAAAGUUCACCGUGGGGAGCUUUUUAGCUGGGAAUUCGUGGCUUCCGUCCACCGGAGUACCGUACGAUGCUGGUUUAUGAAGCAGGAAAUAAUGCAAAAAUGGGAAAGAUCAAGAAUUUGUUAAUAAAAACAAUACGCCAAAUGUGCGUAUUAAUUUAUAGAAUAUUAUUAUAUGUAUAAUUUUUAUAUACAAAUAAUAAUAUAUCAUCAUGUGAUUAAAUAAUUAAAAAUUGAAAAUAAAAUAAUAUUUAAUUAUAUGAUGAUAUAUCAUUAUUUAUAUAUAAAAUUAUGUAUAUAAUUUUAUUGUUUGAUUGAAAGCAAAAUCAUGUUAAGUUGUCAACUUGUACGUACUCUUAAUUGUAAUAAUAAUACAAGUCGUGGUACGUUGUUUCA